CAUCGGAAUAUCUUGGAUGUUUUGGCUUGCCAAAAUGAUUUGAAGCAAUUUAUUAUUUCACCCUAAGAGGGUAUACAUAUUCAAAAUUCACUUCUAUCAUGUCAAGUUCAGUGUCACAAUUAUAAAAAUAGAACAGUGAUUGAACAAUAAAUAUUCGACGAAAUAUCAUGAAACAAUUGUUGAUAAGGUUAGAACAGAUGAUCAUAUUCUAUCAGUCAUCAUAGAAUGACGCAAAAUUUGACAUGACAAAGGUGCGUAGUCAUUUAGAAAGUUUUUUAACGUAUAUAAACGUGGCACAGUACGUUCCAUACUCACUGUUCUGUUAGCAGUAGCUUGUGCAAUAACGUAAAGUAAUAACAAAUUAUUUCUGAAUUAAUACAUAAAAGAUCUAAUAAAAAUGGAAUUCCCAAAGUUGGGAGAGCACUGCUCAGAGAAAACUUGCAACCGCUUAGACUUUCUACCUCUCAAAUGUGAUGCUUGUCAAACAAUUUUCUGCAAAGAUCACAUAUCUUAUGCAGAGCACUCCUGUCCUAGUGCUUACAAAAAGGAUGUUCAAGUACCAGUUUGUCCAUUGUGCAAUGCUCCUGUACCAUCCAAGAGAGGAGAUCCUCCUGAUGUUGCCGUAGGACAACAUAUUGAUAAUGACUGUAAAUCUGACUAUGGAAAGAGUCGUAGAAAAGUUUUUGCCAACAAGUGCUCAUCAAAAGGCUGUAAAGUUAAAGAAAUUGUUCCAGUAAAGUGUUCAGACUGCAGUAGGAAUUUCUGUUUGAAACAUAGACAUCCGACUGAUCAUUCUUGCUUAGGUAAAGAGGAAGCUAUGAGACUUAAAAGAUUAAGUGCAUUAAAUAGGUCUACACUUCAAAAUAGUAGCAAUGCAUGCAAUUCACACUCACUUAGAAAUUUGCAAGGUACUUUGAGUGAAGAUGAAGCUCUUGCAAGAGCACUGCAAGCCUCUCUUCAAGAUCAACAACAAGCUAAUGAACCAGUGCCUUGGGCCAGUCGUGACAAAUGUAGAUUAUCUUAAGUUUACUUUAUUCUCAUGUAGAAAA